AUGGACAGCCAAUCGUCGGUCAAUGUUAAGAACCAACUCCGAUUCACUGAUGACGCAAUUCAGAUAUACGGAAUCACAAAAGACACGGAAAAAUGUGAUUAUGUGAUAGUCAUGAAGUAUGCUCCCGGAGGAAGCCUUCGACAGAUACUUGAUAAAAAAUGUCAGGUUCCUCGGUUGCUUUUGGAUUUAAUUAAUGAAUGCCUAGAUGCAGAAGUCUCCAAGCGACCUUCUGCAGAGAGGUUGAAAGAUAUUAUAUAUGCGUAUCGAGAAGAAUUAAAUCGUAUGAAGGAUACAGAAAUUGUUAGACAAAUUAUAUCUUUGGAGGAAUCUGCAAAAGAUUCUUCAGCAUACGAUCCGAGCAAAACCACGCAAUUCAAUUACACCACACACACUCAGGCCAUUUAUACGAGUAAACGUUUGAAUUUUGAGGGUCUUCCCGAUCCUAUCAAUGCAACUGCAGCCGAACAGCUUGAGAUUAAACUCCCGAGUUUAAAUGAUUUAACGAGUAAGCAUUAA